ACCAGAUCUCACAAACUGCAAGUUGCAACAACCUAUCAGCCUCAAACGGCCUAUUUUAAUACAGAAAUUACAUUCAUAUCCUGGAAUAUAUUGAAUAUGCCCACCACUCGUCGCCGCGGAGGCAACACUGCCGCCUCCCGCUCAGGUCAGUCGACGCUUUCAUUCGGCGGAAAGUCCAGAGUCACCAAGCCAUCGGCCACAUCGACGCGAUCUCAGAAGACCAAAGACCUCGAACCAAUAUCAGCUGCUGUCUCCUCGACCGAAGAGGUCCCAGAUCCAGAUCAAGUGCCUGUCGCUCCCUCGGAGCCGUCACAGCCGCACGUUGCGGAGCUCGCCGUCAGACAGCAAGCCCGGGAGGAGAUCCAGCAACCGCUGAGCGGGGAGGAUCAGAAGGCGAUCAAGAUCACAGAACAGGAGCUGCAGAGGUAUUGGAAGAAGGAAGAGCAGGCAAGGAAGGCGCCUCGAGUCCACCAGGAAGAUCUAUCAUUACACGAGAAGAUACUGAGACAUUUUGAUCUGUCUAGUCAGUAUGGGCCAUGCAUCGGAAUUGCUCGGCUAAAGCGCUGGAGACGUGCGAAGAUGCUGAACCUCAAUCCUCCUAUCGAAGUCCUUGCCGUCUUGCUGAAGGAGAAGGACACAGUGAAGCAGAGAGCUUAUGUCGAUGAGUUGCUGUCUUGAGAACCUUUCUAUGAACUUUUGUCACUCACACCAUGAUCUGGGAGGUUAACGAAGUGCUCCAUCGGCGUUGGGUUUAUAAUUCCAAGCAGGGCGUUCGGUCUAUUGUGCAGAUUAUACAUCGACAGGAAUCAAUGAUGACGUGAAUCUUCUUAUGUUCUUUCUUUUGCUGAAUUACUUGGUUUUGAUGACACUGUUAAGCCUAAGUCGACUGACUGUACUGCUAGUAACAAGGUAUCUCAACCAUAUAGUCAGGUCAC